AUGGCGGACAAGAGCGCAGCCAGGAAACGAUACGCCGUCGUCGGCACUGGAGGCCGAUCCAGCUUCUAUUACUCGGCCAUCGCCACCGACUACAGCGCAACCUCAUGCAUCGUUGCUUUCUGCGAUACCAAUCAGACUCGCAUGAACUAUGCCAACUCAAAGCUCAAGGCUGUGGGACACGGCGAGGUUCCGACCUACCUGGCUGCCGAUUUUGACAAGAUGAUCCAAGAGACCAAGCCUGAUGAGGUUCUUGUCACAACUAUGGACCGGACGCACAACAUUUACAUCGUCCGAGCCCUGGAGCUGGGCUGCAAUGUCAUUACUGAGAAGCCGAUGACCAUUGACGCCCCGAGAUGCAAAGAGAUCUUCUCUGCUGUUGAAAGAACUGGGCAGAAAGUCCGUGUGACGUUUAACUACCGCUAUGCACCUCACAACACCAAGGUCUUUGAGAUUCUGCGCUCGGGCGCCAUCGGCAAGGUGACCAGCGUGCACUUUGAAUGGAUGCUCAACACCAGCCACGGAGCCGACUACUUCCGCCGAUGGCAUCGCGACAAGCGCAACAGCGGUGGCCUUCUGGUCCACAAAUCGACCCAUCACUUUGACCUUGUCAACUUCUGGCUUCAGACACGACCUCAGACCGUCUACGCGACGGGAAACCUCGCCUUCUACGGUCGCGAGAAUGCAGAGAAGCGCGGCGAGACCAAGUUCUACUCUCGUGCUCAUGGAAGCGAGGCCGCAAAGUCGGACCCCUUUGCGCUGCACUUGGAUCAGAAUCCUCAGCUAAAGGCCAUGUACCUUGAUGCUGAGCACGAGGAUAGCUACUACCGCGACCAGAGUGUGUUUGGCGAUGGCAUCAGCAUCGAAGAUACGAUGAAUCUGCUGGUGACUUAUCGCAACGGCGCGAGCCUCACUUAUUCGCUCACAGCAUAUGCACCCUGGGAAGGAUUCCGCGUCAGCUUCAACGGCACAGGUGGACGAUUGGAGGUGGAAGUUGUAGAAAACAGCUAUGUCAAUUCCGGCGGGGACCAAUCCCUCGAAGGUUCACUCGAGAGCCGGAAAAUUGUGCUGCGACGGCUGUUUGAGAAGCCCAGAGAGAUUGAGAUUGAAGAGAGCGUGGGCGCUCACGGCGGCGGUGAUGCGAUUCUGUUGAAUGACUUGUUUGGUGAGCCCGUGUCGGAUGAGUACAUGAGAGCGGCGAGCCAUGUGGAUGGUGCUGCGUCGAUUCUCACUGGAAUUGCUGCGAACAGGUCCAUUGCAACGGGACAGGCUGUGAACGUGGAUGACAUUCUGGUAGUGCCAGAGCAGUGA